UAACAUUUAAAUUGUGCUUCAGACACAGCAUUGCAUAAGCUUUUUUGUGGUGACUUGGAGUUUUUUUGGUCAGGAACAGCUAGGACGUGUACCAAGAACAGAAUCCUGGACUGUUUGUGCCUAAAUCAUAGGAAACAGCCACUUCAUGAGUAAUCUCUUAAUUCAGACUUUUGUAAGGGAAUCUCAUGUUUAUCUCAUAUUUUAGCAGUUGAAAAUAAAUAACAGAGCUCCUUUGUUUCUACCAAGUUUUAUCCCACCAGUAUGCCUCUGAGUUCCUGGUGAGGAAACGUCGAGCAAAUUCUUUUAUGGAAGAAAGUAAGAAGGGAAAUUUAGAAAGAGAAUGUAUUGAAGAAUUAUGCAACAAGGAAGAAGCCAGAGAAAUCUUUGAAAAUAAUCCUGAAACUGAGUAUUUUUAUCCCAAGUAUUUAAGCUGCCUUGCCUCCUAUCGAGCAGGAGUUUUCAGGGUUACUGCAGUUACUCCAGAUUCUCCUGCUGACCUGAGGGCAUGUGUCAAUGAAAUUUCAAACCAGUGUAGCCCUCUGCCAUGCCAUAGAGAUGGAUAUAAGGAUUGCAUAGAUGGACAAGCCAGAUAUACAUGCAUCUGUAAACCAGGAUGGCAAGGAGAGAAUUGUGAAAAAGAUAUAAAUGAAUGUGAAGACUUCAAUGGAGGUUGUAGCCAACGCUGUUCUAAUUUGCCUGGAAGCUACCGUUGUUUAUGUGAGGAUGGCUACUUCAUGCAUUCAAAUAAACGAGAUUGCAGAGAUAUAAAUGAAUGUGCAUUACAUCCAAACAUCUGUGGGACAGCUGUCUGUAAGAAUACCCUGGGUAAAUAUGAAUGUGAAUGUGCAGAAGGCUACACAUAUAAUUCAACUUCCAAGAAUUGUGAAGAUAUUGAUGAAUGCGCUGAGAAUACUUGUGCUCAACUUUGUGUAAACUCUCCAGGAAGUUAUAGCUGCUAUUGUGAUGGCAAGAAAGGGUUCAAGCUCUCCAAGGACAUGAAGAAUUGUGAGUCUAUUUCUGCGUGUAUCCCACUGAACCUAGAAAGGAAUUAUGAGCUGCUUUACCUGGCAGAGCAGUUUACAGGGAUUCCUGUUCUGUACUUAAAGUUUAAAUUGCCAAAUGUCACCAGAUUUUCAGCAGAAUUUGAUUUCCGGACAUAUGAUUCAGAGGGAGUUAUACUAUAUGCAGAAUCCCUUGACAAUACAGCAUGGAUUUUGCUUGCUCUUCGUGAUGGAAAGAUUGAAAUUCAAUUCAAGAAUGAAUUUGGAACAAAAGUUACCAGUGGAGGAAAAGCCAUUAAUGAUGGCCUGUGGCAUAUUAUAUCAGUUGAAGAACUAGAAAACAGCAUCAGCGUAAAAAUAGCUAAAGAGGCAGUGAUGAAUAUUAACAGCCCAGGAACUCUCUUUAAGCAAUCACAUGGUUUCUUAGAAACGAAGGUGUACAUUGCAGGAUUACCUCGCAAAGUUGGUGACAGUCUCAUUAAACAGAUUAACCCUCGGCUGGAUGGCUGCAUUCGUGCCUGGAACCUGAUGAAUCAAGGACAUUCAGGUGUAAAAGAAGUUAUUCAAGAAAAACAAAGCAAGCACUGUUUAGUAACAGUUGAGAGAGGAUCUUUCUAUCCUGGCACUGGCAUGGCAAAGUUUCAUAUAAACUAUAAUAAUCUUGACAGUGCUGAAGACUGGCUAAUAAAUGUGACUAUGACUAUUCGCCCAUCCACAGACACUGGUGUUAUGUUUGCUCUGGUUUCUAAUGAAACAGUGCCUCUUGCUUUGUCCAUAGUGGACUCUAACUCUUCUGACUCACAGGAAAUCAUUGUGACUAUUGGAAACAUCACUGUGGCAAGUCUGGAAUCAAAGAAGCUAUGUACACCCAGGAAAGUGCAAGUUGGACUUCUGGUAACCAAACAGCAACUUCAGCUGUCUGUUGAUUCCCGCACAGACCAAAGCAAUUCAGAGCAACUGUCUGUCCUGCAUCAAGCAAUGAUGACAAAUGUUGUCACUUACUUGGGUGGCCUGCCAGAUGUUCCUCUGGGUGCUACGUUAGUAACUGCUUUCUAUAACGGCUGCAUGGAGGUGAAAGUCAACAGCAGACAGCUGGAUCUGGAUGAAGCCAUUUUGAAACACAAUUCCAUCAGAUCUCACUCGUGCCCACUGAUUAUGGAGUAACCAUGCAAUUCUUAAUUUAACUUUUUUCCUUUCAGAUAUAAUUUGCAUAAUUAGUCUCAUGUCAUAAUGAAGCCUGUACUGUUUUAUUCAAGAUGUGCCAGGAAAACAAUCAACAGCGUGUUUUUCCACCCUUUUUUAUAGAAUGUGGGUGAAAAAAUCUCCUCUUUUCAGCUCUACAGAGAGACAGUCAAGAUCAAAAUUCCGCACUGUUUUUUGUUGUUUUUGUUGUUGUUGUUGUUUUUAAUUCAUAUCAGUGAUAAAGCUAGAUUUAUCUUCCAUGCUCAGACUAGCCCUUCGUAUAUUUAGUUCGGAAAGAGAAAUUUUACGUCUUAUUUUUCAUAUAUCAGCACGAAGUUACAAGUUGUAAAGGUUAGCAGUAUAUUAGAAUGUAGACAAAAUCAUUCUCAUUAAGCUUUUCCAAAUAUAACAUACAAAGAGAAAUCUGUACAGGUUUUGUAGUACAUGCCUUCAGUAAAAGAGAAAAUGCCCUGGAAUCCAGAGCCCAAGCUGUCUGUGGGUAUGUUUACAUAUUUGUACCAAUGUUGGUAAAGCGACUUCCAAACUAUUUUUUUUUUUUCUUUCUUUCUUUCUUUUUUUUUUUUAAACAUAGUUCAUCUUUGCAAAGUAGCUUAUAUUGUACCAACUUUAGUUCUUCUAUUUUAGGAACACAGCUUUAGACUGUUCUGGAUUAGAUCAGGUAAUUUACUUCUAAAGUGGAUUAAAAUACAGGCGAGGCAAUUUUAGAAAACAGAAAAUUGUAUGAAGGAAAGAGCUCUGGUCUUCAUCAUGGGAGAGCAGACUGGAAUUUCCUAAGUAAAACUGAGAGCUUGCAGCAAACUGUUAUUCAAUUUAUGACAAAUUUGGCACUCCUCAAUACGAGCACCCUCUAUGGUCCAUCAUAAAUUCCCUUCACUUUUGUCAACCUUGCAUUCACAGAGCCCCCAGAAGAGAUUUAUUUGCAAGCCGUAAUACAGUUGUUUCUGACCUACCUGAAAGUCUCGAUUUUACUAGCAAUAUCAGAAUGUAAAGCCAUGUUCUGCUCAGCCAAGUUUAACAAAACAAGUGAUUAGAAGAGUACUGUUUUCCUCAUGUUUUAAUUUCAAGUGUUUCUGGUAUUUCUUUCACGUUCUUAGUGUUCUUUCUGCUUCCAGCCUCAUUUUCACGCAACCAGAAGCCUCUCUGUGCAGCUCACAUAUGGUUUUGUUAACCCCAAUACAAAUAAAUUGCAAGAGAAUUGCUGUAAGCAAUGAGUAUAUAUACUCCCAUCCAUCAUCUGGAGAGUCAUUUAUCUGUCAAAUUUUUAGAACCAGGGUUUGCUUUCUUUGCUCAAGACAAUGAAGUGGAAAUGUAUGUAAAGAAGGGUGGAUUGUGACAAUAUUCAUUUUGAGGAUAGUCUUUCUCUGGAGAUGCUCCCAUUGACAUUAAUGAGGUUUCUUUCACAGUUGAGUACAAACACUAGUGCAUCAUACCACAGAAUCUGAGCCCACCUUUCAACAUUAUUGCUUUGUCUGAGGUUAUUGUUAACACAGCUUCCCACUUGUGCCCUCAGAUAUAACACAGUAUUUGCUCUGAAUUCUACACCAGCCAGCUUCAAAAUGGUCUCUGAGUCUAUCCAGCACUGAUUUGUAUGCAGCUGCUUAUCAGCAUGAAUUCCAUACAUCUGACACCCAGGGGCUAAUUGCCAGUGAACUAGAGGUUCAAUUUGCUAAGAACGAGUGAAAAAAACCCUUUCAUAUCUCCAGAUUUUAUGAGAGGGAAAUCACUGCAGGAAAGCAUCCUUCCACCUCCUUGCUUUCUUCCCAUCUCAAGAAACAUGUGCUUCAUUUGGUCCUAGUAACUACUGAAAUAAGCAUUAAAAUAACAAUUGAAUUCUGGAAAGCUCUUGGCCAGUAUCUGCUUUGUACAAGCAUGCAGAGAAAUAGAGAGGAAACACAGUCAAGCGUCAACAGUACUACAAACUCUUAUAUCAGCCUGUGUGAACUGCAGGAGGAAAGGCUGGUGCUUUUUUUUUUUUCUGUUUAAGUGUAAAAAUUGGUAUAGAAUUGAAAUUAAAGAAAAUCAUGUUUUCCACACAGACACCACUUCUUUUUGUUAUCGUUCAAGAAUAUUUUAGGAUACUGUAGUUGCAAUGAAAUGUCUCCAGUUUUUAAAUGUAAAAGUGCCUCCCUAUUGUAAAAAUUAAACGAAGCAGCAUUUGCAAGUUUUUUCUCCCA